GGCUGCGGCGGCCGGGCGGCGGGUCUCGAGACAGCUGGAGAAGCGAACCAGCCGAGCAAGGAGAGGAUCAGAGGAGGAGCGGAAGAGGACAUGGAUGAUGCAGCUGACGGCUGACGCGACUCCAAGCUCCUAAGACGGCAUAAACCCCUCGCCAUUUAGAGGAGGAGGGGGAGGAGGAGAAGCCAACGGCGGCCCUUCUCCUCCUCGCCCUCGUGAAGCACGGCCAGCGACGGGACGGGAGCUCGCUCGCUGUCAUCCAGAGAUCUCAAGCAGCUGAUAAUUGAACAUGUUCUUCUUUUUAUAAUAUACUACCUUACAAGCUAGUAAAAGAUGAGUUCGACCCGUCGAGCUUCAAAAGCUGCAAAAUCAACAAUCAAUUACCACCGGCUUUCAUUAGAUGAGCACCAAUUAUUUGAGCCAGAUGCUUUAAUUACUAAGGAUCGAGAUGCCAAUCAUCAGCCAAGGCAAAGUCCUCAAUUGCGCAGAACAUAUACUGAUAGAAGAUUGACCACUCCCCAGUUUGUAUCAGCAUUAACAGGGAUCUGGAAUCUUGUUGGCCAGUCUGAAUCAUCUGGUACAACUCAAAGAUCUGAGAGCCAUGGGGUUUCAAGUAGGGAUGACCCUAUGUGUUUUAGCAGGGAUCAACAAGGACACAUAUUGACACCUUGCUGUGUGGAAAGCUCAAGUGAUCUGAGAUCUCGAAACUGUUUGUCUACACCAAAAUCUAUUUAUGAAGAUCUUAGUUCAGUAAAGAAGAUGUUAAUGCUGGCACCAUUCAGUAGCAUUUUGGGUGCUUCAUCCACAUGGAGCGAUAUGCAUUCCAUCAGUAAGAUUGGGGGUGCACAUUAUUUGCAAUAUAGAAAUAUAUACUCCAUGCAAACUGAAAAGAAGGAAAAAUCUGGGACUUCUCAAAGUAGCAAAAGAAGCAUAUGUGAGGAAACUUGUGCUGCUUCAACCAAUAUGGACAUUGGGGAUGAUAACUAUUCCAGUCAAACAAGAAGCACACCAGCUGAACUAUGUACUAGCUCAAAUGAAGAAGCUAAAACUGCACAUGAUUGUGAAAGUUCUCUGCGUGAUACUGAAUCCAAUCUAGAGAUUUUUCAUGAUGAUCCUAAUCGUUCAGCUUCCUCAGUUCAUCAAAUAGAAAUUGCCAAAGAGGGAAGGAUAAUGCUAGGAAAUCAGAUUUCCAGUAAGGCAUGCAUUGAUGCUCAUCUUGACACAUUGACACGCAUGUCUCGUCUGGUUGCUGAUGAUGUUGUUCUUGAUCCAGCAAAUGCAGAUCAAUAUGCUUAUGGAGAUGACAUGUCUCUGCAGCAUUCUGUCGAUAAGUGGUCACAUGAGCAUCAACCAACUUUUGAGCAUCGAUGUGAUGGUGCUGUUACCAUAAACAGGCAUGCUGUGGCAGGAGCCUUAGCUGGGACUGCAGUCAGUGUUUCUUUGCAUCCAGUUGAUACAGUGAAGACCAUAAUUCAGGCUAACAGUUCUGGACAAAGUUCAUUCUACCAUACACUUAGGCGCACUCUUGUUGAGAGAGGUGUUCUGGGACUGUAUGGAGGACUUACUAGCAAACUUGCUUGUUCUGCACCCAUUUCUGCAAUUUAUACCUUAACUUAUGAAAUUGUCAAGGGGGCUCUUCUACCUGUUUUGCCAGAGGAACAUCAUUCAAUCGCGCAUUGUGCUGCUGGUGGUUGUUCUAGUAUUGCAACAUCCUUUCUUUUUACACCUAGCGAAUGCAUAAAACAACAAAUGCAAGUGGGUUCUCAAUAUCAGAAUUGCUGGAAUGCUUUAGUAGGAUGCCUUAAAAGGGGUGGGAUUGCUUCAUUAUAUGCUGGAUGGGGUGCUGUUCUUUGCAGAAAUAUCCCACAUUCCAUAGUAAAGUUUUAUGCCUAUGAGAGUCUCAAGCAGUCUAUUUUGAAAUCAGCACCUGAAAAUGUCAAGCUCAGUUCUGGCGAAACACUUAUAUGCGGAGGUUUUGCUGGGUCAACCGCUGCUCUGUUUACAACUCCAUUUGAUGUUGUCAAGACACGAGUGCAAUUACAGGCACUCAGCCCUGUUAGCAAGUAUGACGGGGUUCUUCAUGCACUGAAAGAAAUUUUUCUUCAAGAAGGCUUGCGUGGUCUUUACAGGGGUUUGACUCCAAGGCUGGCUAUUUAUAUAUCUCAAGGCGCUAUAUUCUUUACGUCCUAUGAGUUUCUGAAAACAAUUAUGUUUCCUGAACAAGAGGUUCAUGCAAGUAGCUUUUGACCAUGAGAUGACAUGACAUGACAUGGUGCAGCAGCGCUGGAAGUAAAGAACAUGUAUUGAUUUGUCAAUCUCAUCAUCUAACAUCUAGGUGGUCUGACUUGAGGAUUUAGUUGUAAUUACUGUGUCAUCCAAUUUUGUGUCUUGUUAACAGAGUUGUGUACAUCUUACAAUACAUUUCCGGGUAACCUCAGAUUUAGGCGAUAGAAAAUUUUGUACAAUCAGUAAAAGUGAUAGCAGCAAAGGUGAUAGUCAAAUUCCCUUUCAGGGAACCUGUGAAUGCGUCAAGGACUCAUGGUUCUGCAUCUUAGUGUCUUACUGAAACAGAUGUCAUUUUUUAACCUGAGGGAAUCUGUUGCUCAAAUACCGGUAUAAUUUGUGGUUGCUAGCCUGUGA